CCACGCCCUGUGGGGCUGCUGAGGCCCUGGCACCCCACUGGCCCGGGACCUCGGCCCCAGGUCUGGCCAGCGCACGCCGGGCCCCCACUGGUGGUCCGACACAUGAUGCCCAUUUCCUUCUGGUGGCCCGAGAUACAGAGCCCAGAGCAGCCCCGUGCGGUCACAGCCAGAGGGGACGGAGGGGCAGCCAGCACCGACCAGCCUGGGGCAGCCCAUGGGCCGCAGGGCCUCCGUCCACCACCAGGUCUGGGUGCUGGGCUGGCUGUGGGACGGGGACACGGGCAGGUGAGUCAGAGCCCCACCCGGGCGCUGGCGGCCUUGGCCUUGGUCCUCAGGCUGAUUAGACAGCAAGCCCUGCCCGGGCAGAGGGGCACCCACCCCAGCAGCCACGGCCCCGGCACGUGCAAGAAGGCCCAAAGCCCUCGACACAACGUCGCUCCCACGCAGUGCCCUGCCCCAGGGCCCUGGCACUUGCCGAGCCUCCUGAGAACACCGGCCCAGGCUUUCUUGUGGCUGGCCUGCAGCUGGUCUGUUGAGCUGACAUUUAUUGGACACCUACUGUGGACACUCUUGUUUUUGCAGUGCUGGGAAUGGAACCCAGGGCUCCUAGCGCCAGCGACCACUCAGGAGCACGCAGCGAAAGCCGUGAACGAGCUCAGUAAACCGCGACCUCCGAAACAAGAGAAGAGCCCGGCACGGUGGCCACGCCUGUCAACCCAGUGUUUGGGAGGCUGAGGCAGGAGGAUGGAGAGUUCAAAGCCAGCCUCGGCAACUUGGUGAGGUGCUAAGCGACUCAGAGAGACAUCAUCUCUAAAUAAAAUAUAAAAAGAGCUGGGGCCGUGGCUCAGUGGUCGCGUGCCCCUGGGUUCAAUCCCUGGUAUCACCCCCCAAAAAACAGAAGAGACGUGGAAAAGGGCAGCGAGACCCUCAAGGUCCAGUGGGCCAGGCAGGGUGGCAGAGGAGAGAGCAGGGGGUCUUGGGCCGGCUGGACACGGGGGAGGAUCCAGGAGGACUGCAGAGUGGGGUGGUUCUGUGGCCUCAGGCCUGGCUGCUGCCCUCCCCGCAGCAUCCUUGGACAGCAGGUGCCUGGAGGCCAGAGCUGGGGAAGCACUGGGCACGGCUGCUCAGGGGCCUUACCUCGACCACGGGGUCAGUGGAGUACUGCUUCAGGAGUUCCAGGACUUCGGGGCUCCCAAUGGCCCCCAGAGCCUCCCCUGAGAAGCAGCAGACUCAUGUUAGCUGGUUGGCAAAGGCCACGCUGCCUCCCGGGCGCGUCGACAGCCACAGCAGCUCCGCUGUGAGGUGGUCCCAGGGUGGCCAGGACAGCCAGUGUGGUCAGCCCUCCCGCAGAGCCUGCUCCUGCAGAGGCGCAGCAGACCCCAGCCCAGUCGCUGCCCUAGGUGGAGACGUGUCACCACACCUGGACACCAGACACAC